AUGGAGGGGUGUGGUAAAGGAAGUGCGGAGGAGUGUGGUAAAGGAAGUGCGGAGGGGUGUGGUAGAGGAAGUGCGGAGGGGGUGUAUGCAAAUAGCGACAGGACCGGUGCUUAUAACGGUAAUGAAGGAGAAGGAUUGGGCACAAAUAUGCGCACAAAAAAUGAAAAUAACCGGCAAGGCAUCGAUAAUGAACUAUGCCACCGAUUCGUUCACACAACGGACACCUACAAAAUAGAAAAGGACCUUACCGCCGAUCUAAAGUGCUCUAAACCACGAUCAACACCGUUCAGCAAGCAGAGCACAAACAACAACAGCAUAGUGCUCUCAAGAAUAUGCAGGCUGAUGAAGAGAAGAAAGGAGAUGAGUGAGAAUGAGCUUGAACAUCUCAUUGGAGAGGGUGUGGAUGAAGGGUUAAAGGUUGCGGUGGAGAAGGGCAUUGUGGUGUACGAUGACGGGAGAUAUGUGUAUGUGCCCUAGGGUGCCUGA